AUUGAUUUUCAAAUGAUUAACCGUCUUGGCAUCUUUCUAGCUCGCAUAAAUAUCGAAUUCUAGCAUCAAAAAUGUCCAUGUGUAUUUUUCGUUAUACCAUUAUAUUAAUAUUAAAACAAACCUCUUGUUGUAAUUUACAACUCCCUCAUGAUUAUUAAUAAUGCUUUUCUUCUUCUUGAUCGUUAUUUGCCUGUGCCUCAAUGAGUUCACUUUGGCUUUCACGCCUAAUAACACAGUUUGGGGCCACAGCGCCGUAUUUGCAAAUUCUAGGAUAUAUAUUACAGGUGGUAUCUUUCCCAUAAUCAAGGAUAAAUUUGAACCGUCAACACCUUCCAGAGAAUUUUAUUAUUUAGACGUUGAGAAACCCUUUAGAGUCAGAGCAGGAGAUAAAUUACCUUGGGUGGAUCUUAGUUCCGUAUCGCAAAAUCUUCCAGCACAUGCAUGGAGCGCGUUUUCAAAUUGUGGACUUGAUAAUUCUCUAUAUUUGUAUAUUGGAGAACCAGAUGAUGCCAGCCAAACCGUUUGUGAUGUUAGAACUGGAAAAAUGUAUAGAUUUGGUGGAAUCAAUCCGGUACUUCAACCAGACAAUAAUAAUAAUAAUAUGGAUAUUUUGAAUACAUUGACGCUAGCGUGGGAACAUGUUAACACUGAAGGAAGGUACGAUCAUACGGGUACUAUGUUACCAAAUGGUUAUAUUGUUUAUAUAGGUGGUAAAUUACCUAACGGGGAAUAUGCAGAUAUGACAGAGCUACUUUUGUAUAAUACAAAUAAUGAUACAUGGAUAUCUCAAAAAGCCACUGAUUAUUCACCAACACCUCGUGCAUACCAUUCUGCUGUUCUGACUCAAGAUGGUCGUAUUAUCGUGUAUGGAGGUUAUACUGGUGAUUUUAGAAUUGUAAGCGAUGAUCUUGUGAUAUUAGAUACAUAUGAUUAUACAUGGUCAAAUGCGAAAGCCAUAGAUCCACCACCUGUACGUUUUUUCCAUACGGCUACUUUGGUCGGUUAUUAUAUGAUCGUGGCUUUCGGAAGAACUAAUAAUGAUUUACCACUACCCACAUCAAAUGAAGUAUUUAUUUUAAACACGUACGAUAAAUCUAAUUACAAAUGGGUUAAUGAGUUUAAUCCAGAUCUUUCAGAUCUUCCAUAUCCUUCAGAUCAAAAUUCAUACAAAAAUCUAAAAACUCAAAACAGUCAUCUUACCAUAGGAAUUAUAAUUUUAUCAAUCGUACUUGCCUUGAUAGGAGUUUCGUUUCUUAUAUACUUUUAUAGGAAAAGACGACUAUCAAGACCAGAUAUGCUUGUACCCUCGUCACAGGAAGCGAAUUAA